UCUAAGUGACAGAAGCAGGGGCAAGGCCUCCCCAGGGCCAUCUCCUGGGACCGCCUGGGACCACAGCAGAGACGAAGGGUGGCUAGAGGCGAGAGAGGUGAACGCGGCCUGGGCCUGGCUGGGUGAGAGACCCUUGCCACUCACGCCCUGGGAACACUGGCGGCCAUGGCCGUGGCCCAGCAGCUGCGGGCUGAGAGCGACUUUGAACAGCUUCCCGAUGACGUAGCCGUCUCGGCAAACAUCGCCGACAUCGAGGAGAAGAGGGGCUUCACCAGCUACUUUGUUUUUGUCAUCGAGGUGAAGACUAAAGGAGGAUCCAAGUAUCUCAUCUACCGCCGUUACCGCCAGUUCUACGCCUUGCAGAGCAAGCUGGAGGAGCGCUUCGGGCCCGAGAACAAGACCAGCCCGUUCACCUGCAGCCUGCCCACACUUCCGGCCAAAGUGUACGUGGGUGUGAAACAGGAGAUCGCUGAGAUGCGGAUUCCUGCCCUCAACGCCUACAUGAAGAGCCUCCUCAGCCUUCCCAUCUGGGUGCUGAUGGACGAGGACGUCCGGAUCUUCUUCUACCAGUCAUCCUAUGACGCGGAGCAGGUACCCCAGGCGCUGCGCCGGCUCCGGCCACGCACCCGGAAAGUCAAGAGUGAGUCCCCACCAGGCGCCCUCUUUGACCGCAUGGCCGCUCCGAGAGCAGAGGCCCUGUUUGACUUCACUGGGAACAGCAAACUGGAGCUGAAUUUCAAAGCUGGAGAUGUGAUCAUCCUUCUCAGUCGGAUCAAUAAAGACUGGCUGGAGGGCACCGUCCGGGGAGCCACGGGCAUCUUCCCACAGUCGUUCGUGAAGAUCCUCAAGGACUUCCCGGAGGAAGACGACCCCACCAACUGGCUCCGCUGUUACUACUAUGAGGACACCAUCAGCACCACCAAGGACAUCGCGGUGGAGGAAGAUCUCAGCAGCACUCCGCUAUUCAAGGACUUGCUGCGGCUCAUGAGCCCAGCCCCGCAGGGCAGAUGUCAGCCCCCAUGACAGAGCCGAGCGGGGGUCCGCAGAGACGUACGGGGCCUUAGACGAGGUCACGCGGCCUGUGAGUGCAGAUUUGCGGCUAAAGCCAGCUGGCAAAAGACCUGGGGGCUUGGGGCCUCCACCAACAGAGAGGACCACCACCUCCCAAGGUCCAGCGUGUCCAUGGACCCUUCUUUUACAGAAUGGAAAUAACAUUGGUCGGUUCCGACCAUGAGAGUCAUUCCUGUUAAUUACAUGUAUAUACAUGUAAUUAACUUCAGAAAUGGCAGGAGGGUAUAAAGAAGCAGAAUCACCUCGGGCAUCGCUCCGCUCAUCAUUAGGCGCGCAUCCAGAUGUCUCCAGGGCACAUCGCCACCCCGUAAAGGUGGCGUUAGCUGGCCACAUGGUGUCAUUCUGGGGGUGCGCCAGAAUGAAUGCAGCCACCCCUCCUCGGCUGUUUAUGUUACCCCCGCUUCCUUACGCCCAUAAAUCAUGCUGUGGUUCUCGCGUUUGGUGAUCUGCCCAAUAGUCCCCUCAGGAUGAGUGUCUAGGGGUGGAAUUUCGGAAUUAAGGUGUUUGCAAGUCUGUUAGGUCUCCCAUCCCUUUGUCGUAUUCCCCAUAGGAAGGUUAUAUCACGUGAGUUCGAGCCCCGCGUCGGGCUCUGUGCUGACAGCUCGGAGCCUGGAGCCUGCUUCGGGUUGUUCUGUGUCUCCCCCUCUCUCUCUGCCCCUCCCCUGCUCACGCUCUGUCUGUUUCUCUCUCUCAAAACUAAAUAAACAUUAAAAAUAUUUUUUUAAAGGUUACAUCACUUUUCACUUUCGCCAGCCAGGUCCACCCCACAUCAGACAGUCCCAGUCCCUCAAGAGACCUUCCUCCACGGCGGCACACAGCUCUUGGGGGCUUUAUUCUCUCUACUCUGUGCCCGGCCAAAUCCACCCCUCGGCCUCACAUCGGUCCUUAACUCUUCACAUUUAUACACAAGGCACUUCAGGCCGUGCCACGAAUUUGUGGCGAAAGCCUCUUCUCCCCUGUAGGUCUCAGUGUCCCCAUCUGUGCAGUGGGAGGUUGGACCCCAUGGAUGAUAAGGCCUGUGCCAACCUCUGACCCCUUCGGAUUCUUAGAUCCUGGCUUUAAACCUCCAUCAGCCCCCCUCUCUCUGUCCCUACGCUUUGGCCUAAGGCCCCUGGACCUCUUAUUAACCGUGACCAUUCCC